CGAGCGACGUCGAACGGCGUCGAGCGGCGUCGAGCGGUCGCGUCGAGAACCGAACCCCGAGAGUCUGCGGAACGAGCGCACUGCAAUCGAACAGCAUCGUCAGUCCCUCACGGUGAGCCGGUUCAGUUGGUUUCCUCCGCUCGUCUCCGAUCGUUGAUGCGUUGUCUGCGACGAUCCGCUCCGUUCUAAUAGGAGUCGACUGCGUGAACUUCUCUCUCUCUUUCUCUCUCUUUUUCUCUCUUUCUCUAUCUCUGUCCCUACUUCUGUUUUAAUUUCCCGUGUACCGAAAACCUCACAGUGCUUCUCUCCCGCGUUUUCAUCCGCCUCGUGUAAACCGCGCACCGGCGACGAACGAUCACAGUGCGUACGAAUUAUUGUUGGUGGACACGAGAGCAUUUGCGACCACCGGGCUGUGCUGUUUGUGGAUUUCUACCCCCUGCCCGCCAGUGGAUUACCCGACGUCCCGCCGAGGCAACUUUUCUCAAAGAUCAAAUUCACUUAACCAAUACACGGAAAUAUACCAGAGCAACAUCAGUCGCAAAUAAAUUGUAGCGGAGGCAUAAUCGAGGGGGAGGGGCGUACCCCACCGAAUUCUAUGAAAAGGACGAGGCGUAGGAUGGGCCGGACCGUGCGAGGAGUCGUGCUACACUGAAGAGGAGGAGCUCCCCGAAGACGAGAGAGAAGGAGGAAGGAACGAAGGAUGCCUGCCUCGCAGACCGCCGCCACGGAGCGGCGAAAUGAGAGGACGAUUACACACGAGCCGCCAAAAUUGAAAACCACUCUGAAAACGCCUCCAAAACAAGCAACUAAUCCUCUUCAAUUUGUCAAAGUUGGACCAUGCUCCUUGUACCGUACCGCUCAGGAGCAGCUCCAGAAGGUCCAAGAGGUGAAGAAAAUAAAACAAGAGGUCCGCGAUGACCCGGAAGAUUGGCAAUCGAAUUUGGACAAUUGGAAGAGCAGUCGAAGGAAGCGUCAAGAGCACAUAAUCGAGCGAGUGGUGGAGGUGAAGAAACUCGAAUUGGAGGAACACGAUCGGCAGCGUCGUCGAAGUAAAACUUUCUCGGAAAUGAUGGAAGAGAGAGGCAACCGGGGUCGCAAACUGAGCAUCAGCCUGGCCAUGUAUCACGAGGAAGAUGCUAACGACUUGAGUGACCUUGGCAUAGGCACCAGCAGCGGAAAGAGCUCGGUCAGCGGCGACACUCACGAUGACACGCACAGUGUCCUGAGCGACAGAGACAGCGAGAUAGAGAAGAACCACUCGGACCUGGACAACGUGCCAAGCGAGAGCGUGAUCGGCAACGACGUAACAACAUCUUCGGCGACCACCGUGUCCUCGACGACCACGACGACGAAGAAGCCGUUCGGCAAUGGUUUCCACAGCAGUCACAACCACAACAACCAGGAAUACGACUCUGCGACAACUGCGACGACCAGCUCGCCGGAGCCAGAAGAAUACACGUACGAGGGCGCGAUCCGCAGCUACGUGACGAGGGUGUCGCAGAACAUACCGCGACGAUCUCUGGUCGGCCUGGACGUGAAGCUGGAGAGCACGAAGUUGUCGACGAACGGCUCAAAGACGAGUUUGAACGAUGAGACCAAGUCCACCAUACCCGUGGUGAAAGUGGACAUACUGAAGAGGCGGGAGAUCUUCGAGAAAGCGACACUGAAGAACAACGAGGGCAAAGCGAACAACAGGCUCUCCGGCGACUUCACCGGCACGAAGUCGAUCAAGGAGAGGCUCUCGAACCUGGAGAAGCAGAAACACGAGCCGGAGAGCAACGAGAAGAGCGGCAAGUCCUUGAACCGACUGUCCGGCGAUAUGAGCUCGAUCCGUGAGAGAUUGUCACAUCUGGAGAAGCAAGCUACGGAGAGGGAAAGCAAGAGCUCCGUUCAUCGCAAGCUGAGCACUGAAGAGCUGGAGACCGUCAGACCGCUCAGAGAGAGACUGUCGACCCUGGAGAAGUAUAGCAGCAGCGACGAGUCAUCUGUUCCAGGGACCGCCCACGAAUCUCGGCACAACGGCGAGCUAUCCGCCAGGACGAUAAAGGACCGGCUGAGCGCCUUAGACGCGGUCAGAAGCAAAGAGUCCACCGAGAAGAGAUCCUUCGUCGGGAAACAUUCGCUGUGCUUUCGAGACCAGGAGAACAGAAUCGACACUUCCACCCCCAGCGAGAGAAGCUCUUCGCCCGAUUCAGAGUAUCGCGUGCCGAGAACCGCUUUCCACAGGAGCCUGGACUCGCUGGACGCCGAUGCCUCGAGCGGCCCCGACACUUUCGAGCGUGUACAAAGCCUAGAAGAGCUCGAUUACGGUAGACGUUAUCCGGCGUCGUCUUCCUCUGCGGAGCUUCUGAACGACACGGAUCGAGAGGAUUCCGGGAUCCACACGGCUGACGUCAGCUGCUCCGUCAGCCAAGCUGACGAGCCGGUGGACGAGGAUAUCGUGCACGCUAGCGCGAUCAUAGAGAGGCAGGAAGUGAUCGAAGAGAAACCGGAGGAGCAUCGUGACGUUGAGACGGCAAAGGAAAUCGUUGCUGAACAGAGCACUACUGUGCCUGAUGUCCCGAACAGUUCUGCCAGCCAACAGGAGGCAGUAGUAACAAAGAAGGGUACUGCUGACACUUCUGGGGAACUGUCGACUAACAAAUCACAAUCGCAAGCUCACACAGAGAUUACUAACUCUCGCACACUACGUUCCUGUCCGGCUACGUGUCGCCCAAUCGUAUACCAAAGUCCCAAAGUGCCCCCGCGAAGAUCACCCCCGGAGACCUCUCCCAAACCAAAGUCAUCCGCAUCCAAAGAGCUCACCGAUGCCAAAGCAGAAUCUCAGUCUACCAAAGAAACGAAUACGUCGGCUAGUUCCAAGCUCCUCGCGGAGGAGCUCGACAGCGUUCGCGACGUCGACGAAACGAGCGAAAUUCUUUCGAAACCGGACUCGACUUCGAGCCCCGCAGAAAGUUGUCUCAUGCCAUCGGGCAGAACAGCGACAGUUCCAACGACCCUUCAGUUAGAGUCUAACACUACCUCAGCCUUCAACUCAUCCGCGAAAGAAGCCACAAAGAUCACGUCCCCGCGAUCGACGUCCAAAAUUCCGACCCUGUUCCCCCGAAAGACGAUCAGCGCUAAAUCGUCGCCAACGAGUUCCACGUCCUCCCUCAGCCCGCCUGUCUCACCUUCCUCGCCCAAAGCCCCGUCUCUGAAGACGAGAACGUCGACCGCGAAGAGUCCAAGUAGUCAGACGUCGUCGCCUCUGUUCCCAAAAGCCUCGGAGAUACCUGUUCCUGUUAGUUCGAAUGGUACUGGCACUAUUCCAUCCGGCUCUUGCAUACCUGUCCCGAGCCCCUCGAGUCUGGAGCAAUCGUCCCCGGUGUCCUUCGCGAAACACGUUCCAUCCCCCCUCUCGACCAGCACGAAACACCAGGUGACGGUGGUUGAAGAGACACUGGCUGCCGAUAGACGCCGAACGGUGGUGGAAAUUUGCGAAAAGGUGGUGGUACCUCAGGGCAGGACACCUACGACACCUCCAGUGACACCGUUCAUCACCGUGGAUCGCGUGGCGCACAAGCAGAGCCCGGCGACCGAGGAACCGAUCGUUAUCGAGAAAGCAGACGAAGAGGAGGCAGCGACGAUUUGCCAGCCGAGCCCGCCAGUCGAACACGAAGAGCACGAGGAAAAGGAAGCGGCGAUGAACGGGAAGAUCAUCGAGGCUUUCGAGCCACCGCCGCGAAAGCUGAUCGAGGAGUCAAUCGACGCGCACGAUGCACCUGAGACCACCGAGGCCGCGUGCAUCCCUGCGGCCGAACGGCCGACGACCUUGACCCUCGGCAACCAAGAAAUCGGCAUGCUGGACACGAUCGGCAUCCUCAGCCCGAUGUCUCCCAUCUCCAAGCAGAUCUUACCGCUGAACCUCUCCAGCGACGAAGAGAUUGUUACCGGUCUGGCAUUUCCCCUUGGACCACCUACCAGUGUAGAACCUCCAAAGGAGAAACCACCGCCACCACCCGUGGAUGUCAGCGACGAGGAGAGUCUUCCCAUAGAGCCCCUGAAGAGAUUAAACUCUACCCGCAGAAUUAAAAAAGAAUUGCGCACGAGGCGUUCCGAUUUUCUUGGAAUCGAAGGGGUUAACGAUGACGACCUUGAGCGUGAGUUGACUCUGACAAAGCCGCCGGACAUGGCGGCGAUCCUGGCCGAAGAGAGACGCAUCGAACAACUGCACCGUCGCUCGUACGACACGGAUAGCAACUACGAACAAGACUCUAGCCACGAGAGAGACUCCGGGGUCGAGUUGGGCCACGCUGAAGACUGGUCGAAGCAGCCGGUCAGCCCGGACAUGUCGCAGCACAGUCGACAAAGCAGCGAGCCGUUCGGCGCCAGCGUGACCUCGUCCGAGGAGGACGAAAUCUCGAAAAAGGAGCGCGAGAUCAUCGAGGUCCUCGAGAAAGAGGAGCAGUGGCGGUACGGCAACAAUUGCGAGAUGAACAGUGACUUGGGGGAGAAAUUGGCGCACAAGCUGUGCAAGCUUGAGGAAGAGAAGAUGCAGCUGGAACGGGAACGGGCCCAGGAAGCGGUUCUUCGCCGGCAGGAAGAGACCAUGCGCAAGAACGAGGACAACAUUCGCAAGCAGGAGGAAGCGUUGCGCAAACAGCAAGAGGAAACCGCCAGACAGCAGGAAGCGGCGCGUGCCGAGACAGAGGCGAAGCGUGCUGAAGAGAAGAGGCAGGAGGAAGAGCUGAGGGCGCAGGCCGAACAGCUCAAGAUCCAAAAUGAAAUCGAGGAGGAAAGGAGGGCGGCCGAUGCCCGGCGCAAAGAAGAGAAACGCAUCAGGGCCAUGGAAAGUCAAAUACGGGAGCAAGAGAACACGACAUUGGUUGGUGCUGGGUUGAACGACGAAGAAGACGAGUUUGCUUCUGGGGAAGUGCUCAGAGUGGAAAGAGAAUUACUACAAUUGGAGCAGGAGGAAUUGAAACGACAACGCAAUAAUUUGGCGUACCGUGAACAGAAGCAACUAAAACUGGCCGAGCAAUUGCAGGAACAAUGGAAAUCUUUACAGGACGUUGCGCACAGUUCCGCGAAUAAUAUACAGCAGUACAAGAAUCAGCCACCAGUGAAUUACAGGUCAUCGAUGCCGAAUCUUCAACUGCAGGACGUGCAAAGAAGAAGGCCGCCGCCCCCACCGAUACCACCGGCGAAGCCAUUGCGUUUGAUAGAGCACAGACAAAGGGAUGUCACCAUUAGGAACAGCAGAAUUCCGUCUGCGGAUUCGAUUCCGCAACAAGUGGACGCGUCUUUGCGGCAUAGUGCAUCGGUCACGACACUGUCGAGCCACGCUGGUCAACAAAUGAGCAGACAGACGUUGCAGGCACUUAGUGCAGUACCUCGACCACGAAUCGUUCAGAGUGACCAAUGGGUUCAGCGAAGAAAGAGCGAUGUGCCACGUGGGGCCCACGACUUGAAUUACCAACACUGGCUUAUCCAGGAAGCGGAACAGAGGAGGAUUAGCGAGAAAAAUCAGCGAUCACCAGCGCGUAAAUCUCAAAUGCAUGUAACAGGAACGUCCGUUCCGUAUGCUAUGGCUCCGACGAGGACGGAUAGCAAACCAUUACCGGACUCCAUUAUACAAACUCUUACGCAGAGAGUGCAGAAUAGAGCGCAGGAGAAGCCUCUUCCACCAAGAAGGAGGCUAGAACAUAGCGCCAGUCAUGAGCAUCUUACCGCGUUGCAGCAUCAAUCGCCGCAGCAUGUUCAUCAGCAACAAAAACCAGCACAACCGCCACCAAUUAAUCCUGAAAAUCAAGAAAAAAUGUUGAGCGUUAGCGGGAAAAAGAAAUGCUCGCAUUGCGGGGAUGAAUUGGGUCGAGGCGCAGCAAUGAUCAUCGAAAGUUUGCGGCUAUUUUACCACAUGGAGUGUUUCAAAUGCUGUGUGUGUCAUGUGCGACUUGGUGACGGACUAAUGGGAACAGAUGUGCGCGUUCGAAAUCACAAGCUCCACUGCCAUAACUGCUACUCCAGUGACGACGGUGUCAAGUUCAGUUGCGUGUGAGACCCGGGAGUAGGACUACGCCGACUAACUUGAAUAUAGCAUUGUCGGGCUAUAUUUUAUAAGUGAUAGUCGACGAUUAAACUGUCGGUAACGCGCAACCGCGACACACCAACAACUCCUCUCAUUCUGUAAAUAAACUCUGACGGACGAAACGAACAAGAGAAACGAGCACACUGUCUCCGUUUCCGGCGAUGUUCCUUCCGUACACAGCAAAUCGACCGCGGAGCCUCGUGAUUUCAAAUGUAACACACCGGUUUGUUUUCAUCGGCUAAAUGUAGGACGUACCGAGAACAUGUAAAUAAACGUGUAUUUAUGUAAUUAGCGUUAAAGAUAGGGAAUCAAUGGAGCGACGAAUCACAAGGCAGCCAUCGCUGUCCGUUGGAAAACGAUUUAGAGUAAUAUCGGCAUGAGUUCACUGUACAUUUUUGUAUCAUAGUUAUCCCGUGGUAUUUAUGAGAAAUCCCUGAUGCGUGACAGCUAUAAUUACAAAAACCUUCUCUAGCCCCCCACCCUCUCACACACCCGUCCUUUUUCUCAUCCAUCUUGCUACACUGUUCUACGUAUGCUUGGCAAUUAGUAGACUCUUUUUAUCAAUUGGACGAUCGUUUCUUUCUCUGUGAAGGUCGUUUAGAUUUCUAGCUGACUAUUGCGUAAAGUACAGUGACUAACUGUAGCUGCAUACCAAGAUACGAUUUCGUCUUUUAUUUCUUGUCUCGAAUGACCGACGCGUGUCCGUUGUCGCGUCAGAAAUUACUUACCUAUUGUGAAAUAUUGUAUGAUACGGUCUCGUGUUAUUACAACAUGUAAUUUUAUAUUAUCGAGAAUAAAUGUUUAUUAUAGCGA